GGGCAAAGGUUGAAGAUUGUGGAAGUCACGCCAUGCAAGUCUCUAUGGAAGAUUACCCAAGGCGUCUUCCUAUCCCGCUUUCGGGAUAAAACGGAAGGGCAAAGUUUGAAGAUAGUGGAAGUCACGCCAUGCAAGUCUCUAUGGAAGAUAAACCACGGCGUCUUUCAAUCCCGCUUUCGGGAUAAAGUUGAAGGGCAAAGUUUGAAGAUUGAGGCAGUCCCGCUACCCAUAUCUGUACAAAUGAUAACCCGAGGCACCUUGGAAUCCCGCUUUCAGAAUAAUAUCCGAGGGCAAAGUUUGAAUAUUGAGGCAGUCACGCCACCCAUAUCUGUACGAAAGAUAACCCAAGGCGCCUUGCAAUCCCGCUUUCGGAAUAAUAUCCAAGGGCAGAGUUUGAAGAUUGUGGAAGUCACGCCACGCAUGUCUCUGUGGAAGAUUACCCAAGGCGUCUUCCUAUCCCGCUUUCGGGAUAAAACUGAAGGGCAAAGUUUGAAGACUGUGGAAGUCACGCCACACAAGUCUCUAGGGAAGAUUACCCAAGGCGUCUUCCUAUCCCGCUUUCGGGAAAAAACUGAAGGGCAAAGUUUGAAGACUGUGGAAGUCACGCCACACAAGUCUCUAGGGAAGAUUACCCAAGGCGUCUUCCUAUCCCGCUUUCGGGAUAAAACUGAAGGGCAAAGUUUGAAGAUAGUGGAAGUCACGCCAUGCAAGUCUCUAUGGAAGAUAAACCACGGCGUCUUUCAAUCCCGCUUUCGGGAUAAAGUUGAAGGGCAAAGUUUGAAGAUUGAGGCAGUCCCGCUACCCAUAUCUGUACAAAUGAUAACCCGAGGCACCUUGGAAUCCCGCUUUCAGAAUAAUAUCCGAGGGCAAAGUUUGAAUAUUGAGGCAGUCACGCCACCCAUAUCUGUACGAAAGAUAACCCAAGGCGCCUUGCAAUCCCGCUUUCGGAAUAAUAUCCAAGGGCAGAGUUUGAAGAUUGUGGAAGUCACGCCACGCAUGUCUCUGUGGAAGAUUACCCAAGGCGUCUUCCUAUCCCGCUUUCGGGAUAAAACUGAAGGGCAAAGUUUGAAGACUGUGGAAGUCACGCCACACAAGUCUCUAGGGAAGAUUACCCAAGGCGUCUUCCUAUCCCGCUUUCGGGAAAAAACUGAAGGGCAAAGUUUGAAGACUGUGGAAGUCACGCCACACAAGUCUCUAGGGAAGAUUACCCAAGGCGUCUUCCUAUCCCGCUUUUGGGAUAAAACUGAAGGGCAAAGGAAUAGCCCUCUGCUCAUAUACGUCGUGUGGAUGAACAUGAUCAUGGUUCAAAGAUCAAACGGCAGCUGCACACUGCUUGGUGGCCCACCUCUCUUCCUGCCUCCACAAGGCACUGGUGUGGACAUGGCUGUGAGUGGCAGCAUCCCCUCGGCCAUCCUGUCAGCAAUCACCCCUCGCAACCGCUCUGCAAUGGUUUGGGACAACAGUGUAUUGGCAGCAGAGGAACAGAGAGGGAUACCCAAGGUCAGCAAUUUCUGCAUUGCCUUUCAUUGGAGGAGGCUGGCAGCUGAGGAUAAGACCAGUGGCGGACAUCAGAAGGACCACGAAGACAGCGCCUGCUCUUCCAGGUCUACGACACACACCAAUUUCAUUCUGUGCAAUGAUUGCAACCCUGAUGACCUUUUAAUUUCUUCACCUGUGGCUGGGACACAUGUGUCUACCAAGAUGCAAUGUAGAUGGUACAACAUGACUCAGCCCUAGCUGUGGCCGGCUGGCAGCAGAUGUCGUUGGAUAACUUCCUCAGGGGAUGUAGGAUCCCUGUAUCAAUUAUAUAAGCAAGAUAUAAUCAUCUUCAAUAACGCGCAUACUCAAACCACUUCAUAUAAUGGUGCAUACUCGAACCACUUAUUCAAAUAAACAGUUAC